UGAUGGGUGGGGAGGAGGAGUUCAUCAGCGCUGACAGUUAGAUAUAUAUGGAGAAAGUCAUAAAAGCCUCAUCUGAUUUGUCACUGAAGUUGUUUGAUGGUUUCCUCUGUUGUGUCUAAUAAGGUAACAGCGAGUGUGAUUGGAGGGAGUUGGACCUCUUUCUCUCUCAUUAAGGGGUGUGAGAGGAUGCCUGUACUUCUGUAUCAUCAGUGCGGAGAAGCUUGAACUGGAUGUUGAAUUAAUAAAGCAGAGAGAGAUGGAGAGAUGCCUGACACUCAUUUUACUGACUACAGUUGUAAAACUCAUCACAGCUGCUCUCUCAUCAUCAGUCCAUGUGAAUGUGAGGUUGGUUGGUGGUCACAGUCACUGUGCUGGUAGAGUGGAGGUUCUUCAUAGAGGUCAGUGGGGAACAGUGUGUCAUGAUGACUGGGAUUUGGCUGAUGCUGCAGUGGUGUGUAGAGAGCUGGACUGUGGAGAACCUGUAGAUGCUCUGGGUGAUGCUCAUUUUGGACCAGGAUCAGGACCAAUCUGGAAGAGUUUUGUCAUGUGUAAAGGAUCAGAGUCAGAAGUGGAGAAGUGUGGGUCAGGAGGAUGGGAAAAACACAACUGUGAUCACAGUAAAGACGCUGGAGUCAUCUGCUCAGAAGUCAGGCUGGUUGGAGGUUCUCGCUGCUCUGGGAGGUUAGAGAUACUUAAUGAUCAGUCGUGGGUUUCAGUGUGUGCUGCUGCCUUUGACCAGCAGGAUGCAGAGGUUGUGUGUAGAGAGCUGGACUGUGGGGCUCCUGUACAGGUGCUGGGAGACGAUGCUUUUGGAAAAGGAGACGCUCAGAUGUGGACACAAGAGAUUCAGUGCAGAGGAAAUGAGUCUCAGAUUCACCUCUGUCCAACAUCACCAUCACAUGAAAACAACUGUUCACAUGAGCACAAUAUUGUUUUGUUCUGUACUGGUAGGAGUUCAAAAUGCAACAGAUCAGAUUUUUUUAUUUAUUUAUUUUUACAUGAAAUUUUUACAUUUCAACUCACUUCUUCUGUUGCCUUUCUCUCUUUUUUACAUUCCAAGACAUAAAAAAUGUGAGACUGGUAAAUGGUACCAGUCGCUGUGCUGGUAGAGUGGAGGUUCUUCAUAGAGGUCAGUGGGGAACAGUGUGUGGUGUUGGUUGGGAUUUGGCUGAUGCUGCAGUGGUGUGUAGAGAGCUGGACUGUGGAGAACCUGUAGAUGCUCUGGGUGAUGCUCAUUUUGGACUUGGUUCAAGGCCAGUCUUAAUGAAAAUUGCAAUUUGUACUGGAUCAGAGUCUACACUUAAGAAAUGUGCAUCCAUAAAAUUGAGUUAUCAUGGCGAGUGUGAUAAUAAGAGUGCUCAAGUCAUUUGCUCAGGUAAGUUAAAAGUUUUUUUUUUUUUUUUAUAAUAAAAACACUUGUCAUAAGCAGUCAUCAUUUUUAGUUUCCAUGACUAUUUUCUACCUUCUUUCCUGCUAAAAUAAUUGUGACAUAAAAAUAGAUAUUGUCUAUUGACCCAUUUCACACUUCUAGGUUUCUCAGAAGCAGAAGUCGUUAUAGUUGGGUAAAGUUUUAGAGCGGUGAAUAAGAGACUUCAUUAAAUAUAUUUUUUUGUUUCCAUCUGCACCAAUAGUAAAGCAAAACUCUGAAAUAAUGUUUUCACAACUUUCAAAAAGAGGAAAAAAAUACAGAGGCAGUCAAAAAGGAGAAAGAUGUAAUUUUUACAUCCCCACCCUCACAGAAGUAACUUUGUUUUUUUUUUUUGUUUGUUUGUUUUUUUGUAAUUUGAUGCAAAGGUAAUAAAAUAUUAAGUAUAGUCUUAUAAAAUCUACAUACUUAAAAAAAAAAAAGGAAAUAUAAAAAAC